AUGUCUUCACAUCAUCGUCCUGGCGUGGCGUCGAGCUCCUCUGACCCCCCUGACUCAGAUUCAAUCUAUGCGCGUGGUUCUUCAGUAACAUCAUUCGAUUCUUCUCCCCAACCUGUCAAAAUUGGGAAGCGCAAGUCAACAUCAGAGCCAUCGAAAUCCAGCAAACGGAAACGCAAGGCUCCAGAAAAUAGUGGAGAAGAGCUCGAAAUACAUGAUGUCAAGGCUAAGGCAUCUAAACCCAUAGAAAGGAUAAUCGCAAGGAAAAGGGUGCUUUAA